AUGCCGAUGCGCCGCGUGGACGCAUCGCACGGCCUCGGCCCCGCGGCCCACGGCCUUGGCCAGGGCGCUGACGUGGCUCAGCCGCAUACAGCACUUCGCCAGCCCGUGGCAGACGAGGCGCCUGCUCAAGUCGGUGCCAAACAUCCAGUAGCAUUCGAUCAAAGCCUUCGGGGACCGUAG